CUCAAGGACCAAAAACAUAUAUCAUCUCUCUGUUAAUAGCUCGAAUGUAUUAUUUCUUUCUCUGUUUGCUAGAUACGCUUGUAUACUCAUGGAUCACAACCCUAGUUCAUCUCGAACUGACAGAAAAACAAUUGAGAGAAACCGAAGAAAUCAAAUGAAAGUCCUUUACUCCAAGCUCAAUUCUCUUGUACCUCACCAGAAUUCAAGGGAGGUGACAUCUCUGACAGAUCAGCUGGAUGAAGCUGCAAAUUACAUAAAAAAGUUGCAGACGAGCUUGGAAAGGAUGAAGGAGAAAAAGGACAGCUUGAUGGGAAUCGAAAGGAGCAGUAAUAAUGCAGGAGGCAUGAUGAUCAGCAGCAAUAGUACCAGCUGUGGUGGAGUGGCAGCAGGAGUAAAAUCACCACAAAUUGAGAUUCAUAUAAUUGGUUCGGCUUUAGAGAUUGUUCUGAUAACUGGAUUGGAUUUUCAGUUCAUGUUUAACGAGACCAUCCGAGUGCUUCAUGAAGAAGGAGCUGACAUUAUUAAUGCCAGUUUCUCUGUUGUUGAGGAUUCAGUUUUUCACACAAUACACUCUAAGACAUAUAUCAUUAGAUUGAAGAGUCAACACUGGGUCCUGGAGCAGCUGCGAGGAUAAGUGAGAGAUUAAACAAGUUUAUUGAUGACGCCAGCGGGUUGUGAAGGCAUGUCCAAUACUUUAAUGAAGGAGAAUUCGCUUAAUUUGUACGUUCAUCAGAGCUAAGAUGAGAGGUCCAAAUGUUUAGGUGAUCUAAAGCUUUUUCUUUGUUAGCACUAAUGAGUUUGCUAAUUAUAUAAUAAAUGUUUUGUUCUCUCUC